UAUUAUUCAGGCAAACAUUUUGUUGUUGUUAUAGCUUUGUUUCCUCAUUGCCUCAAUCAUCAAUUAGACAGGCCCUAGUGUAUGCAUGCAUGUGGAAUUAAUGACGCGGUGUAGUGUCAUUGAUGUAGAGAGGGUGUAGCCUCGUGCUUUAAAAUUUUUCCGGUUGAAGAUUAUAUAUCAGAUUAACAAGAACACAGGCCAAAAGCAACUAGAGAGAAGUAAUGAUGAAGACCUCUCAGUGCCAAAAUAGAGUCUCUCAGACCAGCAGCGCGAGCUACAUGAGCAGCCUCAGCGCCAGCGCAAAAAACCCGCUCAGCAGCGCGAGUCUGACUCUCAUGGUUCUCCUCAUCUCAGCGAUCCCUGUCUGCAAAAGUGUUCCAAUACUACAGCAAAGAGUCACAACAGACCAGGAACUGGUUAUCAGCCAGCUAGAAGAUAUGUGCUCUUCCUACCUCUCCAAAGACCUGCCGUUUCGGACGCCCAAUGUUUUGGGAGAAUUCUGUUUGUUGGUGCUUUUUCAGAAGUCUAAGGACAUGAAAGCACACGACAACCCUACUAAAAGGUUUUUAUUUCAUUAUGCUAAGCAACAAGGUGUUGGCAUUACAGAAGGGGCGUCCUCUGUGAUGCACCCUCUCCUGCAGCUAAUUCCUCAGCUCCACAGCAGACGAGGGAGAGGAGAGGAGGUUGUGGUCCGCAAUGACCUCCAGGGGCCAGGGGCAAUUCAGACCAGAGGGUACUUCAUAUAUCGGCCUAGAAAUGGUAGAAGAGACCUAGAAUUGGAGUAAAGAGUCCCUACAAUACGGUGUACAGAGAUGAUACAGAACCAGAGAACCGGCACAGCAGCCAUAGAGUGAUCCAGACCUUUGCCACAACCCCUUAUGACCAUUGUAUAGAGAUGUUGAAUGUACAGAAAGAAAUGAAAGAAUCAAAAUAAAAUAAUGUUUGUUGGUCCAAAAGUCUUAUUUGUGUUAGGAGGAUGUCUUUUGAAUUAAAAGCAUUGUUAUAUGGUUA